AAGUGUUUCCCUCCUGGAUGAAAGACCCAUCAAGCGAGUUCACCAUAGAGCCUACCAGGGCCAGCACAUCCAUGAGGCAGACUGAGGCAAGUAGAAUCCAAAGGGUGAUUCUCAGUACACUUAACAAACUAGAGUUCCCAGGAUUCUUGCGGUGGGGGGGGGGGCUGUUCAUGUGCUUUAGAUAUGCAGUAACUGUAUUGUGUUAGCCACAAGAGACGGUGAGCCCUGAGCACUAAGCUUCUAAUUAUUUUCAGUACAAUUUGGAUCACUUUUGGAUUCAAUUUUUAAUUUAAUAUUGGACCUCACCCUUCCGCCAUCAAAAUACUUUCUUGAUCUCUAUCAGAAUGCCUUUCUGUCACUACAUGUUACACACACACACACACACACACACACACACACACACAGAGAGUCUUGCUGCAUCUUGGCAGCUAACAGAUAUAUUGCCGGCUGUAAUGGACUAGAAUCCACUUCAUCAAGCAUGUGAAGUCUUAUCCCCAACUGUGUAUCACUUGGCCAAUAGGCAUACACACUUGGGUAUUGGAUGGAGGGGAAACCUACCUUUGUACAUAGUAGGGCCAAAUGGCCAUGGGACAAUUUGUGACGGUUCUAUGCGAAGCUCUAGUGAAUACAAGAUAAGCACUAGAGUGCCCAUUCAUUCAUAGCGAAAUUAAUUGGUGAUAACCAUCUUCCCCUUGCUGAAUAACUUGAACCUGCCAAACCUACUCAGCUAAGAAAAUGAGAACAAAGGAAUACAGGCAUUCAGGUUAUUAUUAUUAUUUUUAAAUCCAGGUUUAGGUUCCGUCCAAGUAUCCAAAGUUUUGUUGUUUUCUUUAUCUACAAGGAGGCAAAAGACAAACAUGGGCUUAAUCUGAAGUGACUCUGUGCACGUGACUUGCAUUAAAGUUGAUCGCUUUUGGGGAAUCUGUGUUUGCAUCUGGAAGUAGACGUUACUAGCUUAACACGCAGCUAGGUCUUUCCUUUUCUCGGUUUGGAUUGCAGCUGGUUUAGGGGGAAAACUCAUCAAAAUGUAGCAUUUCAUAAGAAACAACAGGAUAGGUAUGGAUGGUGUCUACCAUCAUGUGCACACUGCUCCCUAAAUUAGAAGUGAGAGUGCACUAGAUGAUGCAGAGUAAAUGAGAGAACAUACACAGCCCUGGGCCAUAUAGCCACUUAACAUGGACAACAGAAAUGUAUUGCCACCUAGCCUGCAACUGGCUCUAAUUUCAAGGGCAGCCAAUUAACAAAUCACAAAAGAGGAUAUUGAUUUGUACAAAGUAUAUAUACAGGAGCAAAUUUAGAAAUAGUUACUAAAAUGUAAAUAUAAAUACCUUUUCGCUGUGGAGAAGACUCGCGAUCAGUCUGCUCUCUAGGGGCUAAGUGUUGAUGGGCAACUCCAAGGUGCUGCCUGAUCUCCCAUAUCAUGAUUCUUUAUAUUUAAGGCACACAGCCCUUCAAAGAGGAUAGAUAGAUAGAUAGAUAAUACUUUAUUCGGCUAUAAGCCCACAAGGUAAAACAAAUCAAUAGAUAAAAAUCAAUAGAUAAAAUCAAUAGCAUUUUACAAUCUAAAAUAUCAACUAAAAUAUUUCAACGCAUAAUCUCUAAAUGUACCGUGUUAUGGCCUUGAAGAUAAAGAUGGUGCAUAGAGUUUACUGAAUUUUUAAUAGUCAUGCAGCAUUCCCUGAAGUCUUUUAUAUGACAGAACUGAGAUCAGGAAUCUAGCAACCUGUAAAGUUCUAUAAGAGUCAAUGUCCUGGAGUAGAUAAGCUAGAUGUAAUUCAGGUGGUUUAGCAGCAAUUUCCAGAAUGAUUGAACUCAGGAUCCUUGAUCGGGGAACAUUGUAUAAGGGGCAAUUAAACAAGAUAUGAUAAAGGGAUUCUAUCGAUUUGUUGUCACAUGCGCACAAAACAGAGAUUUUACCGUUAGAAAAUCUAUUGCUCAGCACAUUUGAGGGGAACACAUUAAAUCUGGCUCUAACAAAUGCGAAUCUAUGCGACGCAGCCGAUAAAGUAGACAGAUAUCGAGGUAUCUGGGACAUAGAUGUAAUGCCCUGAUAUAUCGGGGAACAUGUACCUCCACCUGUGGUAAGAUUUUGUUGUAAAUCUACCUCCUCCAGUCUUUGUUUGAUGACCUUUUUAGCUGUAAUUAGAUCUAAAUUAAGUAUAUCGGAGGGAGAGAUUCCAUAAGACAACAGUUUGGAAUGGAUUUUUGUUGCCCAUGGGCUGGUGAAUUCAUCUCUCCAAAGGCACUGAAUAAGAUGGUAGUUUGGCAAUUUAUGCCAAAGGGACAGCCAAUAAUUAAAGGCAUGUCUCCACAUCAGAAUCUCAAGGGAGGGGUGCUUAAGAUCUAAGCGAAUGGCAGAGUUGCUUACACAGGAGGGUAGUUUCAAAAGGCGUCUUAGAGAAAGAUUUUGUAAUGUCACCAGAGGCAAGAGGUUUACAAAGGCGCCCCAUAAAGGGACCGCAUAGGCCAUAGUUGCAACCACUUUUGCACUAUAAACUUUUAAGGCAGAUGGAACAUGCAUAGCCCCCUCAGUAAAGAAGAAGCGUAGUAUAGCGUAUAUAAGGGCUUUCACCUUGUUUUGUAAAUAUGUGAUAUGCGCUUUCCAUCCCAUAUUAUACUGGAAGUAAAUUCCUAGAUAUUGAAAUUUGUAAACUUGUUCAAUUAGCUUCCCCUCAAGUUCCCAUCUAUACAGUUUACGACUCUUGGAAAAAAUUAGGACUUUAGAUUUGGAAUGGUUAAUAGUAAGUAAGUUUGUUUGGCAAUAUGAUGCAAAAAUCUUAAGGGCCCUCCUCAAACCGAUUCGAGAAUAAGAGAGGAUCACCGCAUCGUCAGCGUACAAUAAUAAGGGGCAGCGAUAGUCUGCAAGCCUGGGUGCAUGAAUGGAGGUUUGGGCCUCAGCUAGGGGCGUCCUCAUGUCACUAAUAUAAAGGUUAAAAAGAUAGGGGGCAAGGAUACACCCUUGUCGUACCCCCUUGUUUAUUGGAACUGAGUUUGUGAGAUCGCCCUCAGGUGUUAACCUCACCCUAGCAGCCGUCCCUUCAUGUAAUUUAAUCAAUAGCCACAACAGCCUUUUUUCUAUGCCCCACUUUGCCAGUUUUUCCCAUAACAGCUCUCUAGAGAUACUGUCAAAAGCCGCCUUCAGGUCUAUAAAAGCGGCACAUAGAAGACCAUGAGUAGGGGAAGAAUACUUCCGCGCCAAAUGAUAUAGAAUUAUAGCAUGGUCAAUAGAAGCGCGCUUUGGUCUAAACCCGACCUGUUCAUGGCCUAUCAGAUUGGAAUCUUCGGCCCAUUGGGUUAGUCUGGUUAGCAAGAAGCGAGUGUAGAUUUUUCCGAUGAUUGAUAAUAAACUGAUAUUACGAUAGUUUCCUGGGUCCUCUGGUGGUCCUUUUUAUAUAUAGGAAUUAUGAUGGACUCCUUCCAUGAUGUAGGUAUCUGGCCCGUGGCAUUGAUUGCAUCAAAGAUUUUUGCAAGAAUUUUAGCCCACCAUAUUGGGUGUUGUUUAAUAGCUUCCGCCGGGAUCAGAUCGGGCCCUGGGGCUUUAUCAGUUUUCAGUUUAGCAAUUAAAUCUACUAUUUCCUCCGGGUCAGUAUCUGGCCAUAUGGGCAAGUGACUUGAGAGAGUAUCAGACUGGAUGUUAGAGAUGUCUGUCUGGGAGAAAUAUUUUCUUAGAAAUUGUUCCCAUGUCGGGGCUGGGAUAACCGUCAAUGGGUAUUUCCUCGAUCUUUUGUUGAUUAAAUUCCAAAAACCGCGAGAGCUGCGAAGCUUAGAGGCAGCAAUCAGCGCUUGCCAACGUCUUAGCUGCCACUCGUGCUUGGCUGACUUCUGUGCCUGUUUGUAAGCAAUUUUGGCCUGCAAGUACUCUGGGGGGAGAGUUUCAGCUCCAGAGGCUUUAUAUCUGUUGUAGAUACAACAGAGAGAGAGUCUAGCUUGCUUACAUUUGGCAUCAAACCAAGGUGCACCGAACCUGGGUUGAUCUCGGUUAGCGAGGUGAGCCGGCAUCGUAAAGAAGCUAGUUAAAUCUGCCGUGAAGUGGAAGAACCACUCCAGUAUCCUAUUUGGUUCAGACAGCUCCGCCAAUGAAACAAUAAGGGAUUCGGAGCUAUUCCUCUGGAAGAAUUCUGCAUAUUUUUGGGCCUGUUUCAUGGACCAUUUAAUGCCUCUUACUUGAGCUGUGGCAUUUAAACCUACAUGAAUUGGGUGUGUUCCGCUAACCGGGUGCCAGUCAAGCGUAAGCUUGGCCGCUAGAGGUAGGUGAUCACUGGAUUGUACAUUAUCAACUUUGAGAUAAAAGAAGUUUGAAAAUAGGUCUUCUGAGACUAGAAGAUAAUCUAGGACACUAUUUGAUGUUGUGCCCAAAUGAGUGAAUUCACCUGGCACGUCCGGAGGGCAGUUGCCAUUUAGAAUGUUCAAAUUCAUACGAAUGGCCAAUUGAUAAAGAAGGACUCCCGCCUCAUUCACUCUGUUGUCCUUAGAUCUUCUUGAUGUGAAAGAGAUUAAAUCAGAUUUUGGGUAGGGGGGAGAUACCCACCACUUGGCCUUAAUUAUCCCAUUCCAGUUGGCAGCUGUGCGUGCAUUGAAGUCACCACCCAUUAUCGAUGGAAUAUUAGGGUACUUAACAUAGCAUGCCAAUAAAUGAUCUUCCAGAGAAUCCCAUCUAUAAUGAAGGUCUGAUAUCAGACCACCUGGAGGAAGAUAAACAUUGGUGCUUAAUAGUGAGAAUUUUUCACUUGAAAUCAGACCAGUAAAAGCAAAUGGAGGAAAGGUAUGAACUAGCGAGAGUUUAGCUCUCAUUUUAAGCGAUAUGGCGAUUGCAAGACCGCCUCUGGGCCGGCCACCUUUCUGGGAGGGGAUAGCUGGAAGUGAUAUCAGUUCAAAGCCAUUUAUAUCUAUUUUAUCUUCUUCCCAUGUUUCUUGCAAAAGGAUUAUCUGGAAAGAGUUUAUAUAGGACAGAAAUUCGGGAUCUAAUCUUUUCCUUUUCCAGCCAGCAAUGUUCCAACUUAGGACUGCUAGCUGGGGACUUCUAUGUUGUUCUUUUAACAGUCAAAAUGGAGGGGGCAGACUCUCUGUUAAAGACAGAAGAUGUAACAAAAAAGUCAGUUAUUUUACUUUGGGAAGAUGGUAACUGUGAGGCGCCCUGCAAAUUAAAGUUUUUAACAAUUUGGUUCGACUGUUGGCACACCGUGGAUGAUCCACUGAAAGUAGAUCUCUGAACAGGAAGUCUCUUCAUUUCGAAAUUCUUGGUACAACUUGACAGAGAAAUACCCAGGUAGGGGAAAUUGAGUCCGUCGGGUAAACCCUCUCGCAGAUUUGUCAUCCGACAUUCGGAUUAUUUUAUUGAUGCGUCCCAUCGGGUCUUCAAUCAUUUCUGACGGCGGGUCCCGAGGUGUAACAUUCGCAGUUUCCUUUGAAGGAGGUAAUUGAGGGGCAUCACGGAGGUGGAAAUUGCGGAAGACUCUCUCAGGGGCAUCACUUGUGGACUACUUCUAUAUCUGGACGAAACUGGAGAAGAUUCUAGCUCUGGCAUAGAUGAGUGAGUUAAAGAGGGAUUUGAGUCAAGCAGAGAAAUCAGAAUUUCGUCCUUAGGUAUGUUGGUUGUUGAAUAUGGAUGAAGGUUCAGUGAGGAUGGCAGAGCCUGGUCGUCUCGUGAUGUAGCGCACGCUGCAGAAGCAACUUGAAGAUUUGAGUCUUGUCGGAUGGUUUUUGAAUUCAGAGUGGGGCUGAGCUGAAGAAGGUCAACCACUUCUGUCCGGUGGGCCCCAGUGGGAUUAUUUGAGACAUCGUUAGUAUCUUCCCCUCUAUGUUGGACUUGCAAAAGCUGAGAUUUAAGCGUGUCAAAUCUUUGCAUCAUCACCGACUGUUCUUUCGGAGGAAGGGCUCUGAAUGAAUCAAUAAGUUCCCUUUCGUCGAGGGCAGUCUGCAGAUUAUCAUCCUCAUAUAUAGCAGUUUGAGAGGGUGUCGAGUUUGGUCGCGGAUGGCACGCUGCAGAGUCAUCGCGAUUGGGCCUGACAGUAUUUUGAAGUAAGGCAGAGUCUCUUGUCCUAAUGUCCUCACCGCCAGGGCACCUAUUUAGAAGGGGUUUGAUCUUGCUGUCUGUAAAAACCCUCGUUGCUACAAUGUCGGCCAUGGACAAAAGCGUUUUCCUCCUAACAAUAAUAGAUGGUAUCUUUUCAGAGUGGAACGCAAGUAUCACCUUCAAGAAGUUGGUCUGCCGGGAAGGGGCAUUACAGCAUAUAGGUCAAUCUGAUAUUUCUUAAUUUUUAAAAGUUUGCUUAAGCAGUCUUUAGCUCCUUCUAGCGUUGACCAUCUUCCUAUUUCCGACCUAACUGAAAGGCAACUUUUCUUGGGUUGCAAAGUUAAUAUCUGAUUGUUCAAUUGGGAAUUUAAGACAUAUUUAGUUUUAGUCUCCAGUAUUUUAUCUGAAUGGGGGUGAGGCAAUAAGUUUUUGACCUCACAAACUGAGGAUCUUCAAAGAGGACUUCUGUCACCCCAGCGGCUUUCUUAUUCACAGUUCUCAGCAAUGUAAACAGCUGUGGGGCCCUGUCUGAAACUUCCUUUCCUUCGUGCAUCUGGGGUUCAUUUGUACAUUUCAUUUCAUUGUUCCUCAUUUUGAAAAGUGUUUAUCAGUUUUUCAGUCUUUUUCUCACAGUGGGAGAAAAAAUAAGUACCUCAGCUCCAGGUCUGUAAGGUCAGAUCUCCACCCGCAGUCCACUUGCUCUCCCAGGGACAAGAUUACACUCUAGGUCAGCUUUCACCAACCUCUUGUCCUCAUAGCUGUCAACCUUCCCUUUUUUUGCGGGAAAUUCCCCUAUUCCCGCUGCUAUCCCGGAUUGUUAGAUAUCCCGUAGACUGUCUCCGGGACAGGUGAGGCUGCUGAUCCCUUAUUUUCAAAUCUGAAAGCUGACAGCUUGCCCUCCUGAUGUUUUGGAAUACAUCAGAAGUUCAAAAACUCUGGAGGGCAUCAGGUUGGUGAGCACUGGAGGGAAUCAUUUCGCUGUAAGCUGCUGUAACAGCUUUAUGAGCAAUUCCACGAAUUUUUAUUUAGUGCCAUUUUCUUCAGAUCCAAAUGUUCCUUAUUUCCAUAUUGCAGGUGUGUGCUGCGUCCUCCUGUCGCUUAAUUGCCAUGUCAAUUUCUCCAUGAGGGUGACCUGCCACACUUGUUCAUGACAGCCUCAGAUUGUGUUCCUAGACACUGAGGGUGUUUUAGAAUGACCGGGUGUGGGGCGGGGUGGAGGGGAGGGGAGACUCCACUUGUAACAUCUGAAGGGUUGUUUGCAUUAGCCAAAUGGAUAUACCCCUUAAUAAGAAAUAAAGUCUUUACACGAAAUGGUGUAAAAUAAUUUUAAAGUCAAAGGAAACAGAAGAUGUAGUGAAAUGAUCAAAAUAUAGAUACAGUUUUGAAAAGAAAUGUAUACAAUAAAAUUACAUGUAGGCUUGGGUAAACAAAAAUAAAUGUUUUACCAGGCAUCGAAAAUAGUAUAACCAAGGUACCUGCCUUAAACUGUACACUUUACAUAGAUUGUGCACAUUCUGAAAAACUGUGCAUGUGUACAGAUCAAUAAACACCGGUUGUUCAUGUGAUGUGAACACCCAUGAUUGAUUAGCUGAGGUACAUACUAAGAAUAUUUAGGUAUUUGCUUGUAUACUAAUUAUUAGUUACAGUUACCAUCUCUCCUUUCCUCAAAGAAGCUCAAAAUGGUGUACAUGGUUCUCCUGCUUUUCUUCCUCACAACAUCCCUGUGAGGUAGAUUUUUCUAGUCCUAACUCUGCGAGAGGAGGGGAGAAUUAAGGGCAGAUCCUGUGGCUGGUUCUUUAGCCCUUGCUUGCUUCAAUUCAUAUCACCCCCCCCCCCCUUUUAAAGUUCAUUACAUGGCUACAACGGGCAGCAAAACUGAGGUUGAGCUGUGUAUGUUGUUGGGUUUAAAAAAAAAAAAAAAAAGGAAUCCCAAACCACAAAUGCUCUGAGCCUCAGACUAAACACAGCCUGCUAGAGACAGGUAUCAAAAAUGGAGAGAGAAAGAGCCUUUCAAUUCUCACCUAUUUUAAAAGUAUUCUGCUUGACUUGAUGUCUCUGCUUCAGCAAGAAGUUAGGCCAGCCUCGUGUACAGCCAAAAGCAGUACAGUAAGCAGCUCUUUAUUCAACAGCUGUCCUUGCUUGCCCUCAGCUUUCUGGAAGUUUACCCUUCGCAAUUGAAAUUUUCCACUCUGCAGCGAGAUGGUGUGCUGUCCACUUCUAGGGAGGAAUUAUUCAGUGUGCAAAGAUCAUAGAAUCAUAGAAUCAUAGAGUUGGAAGAGACCACAAGGGCCAUCAAGUCCAACCCCCUGCCAAGCAGGAAACACCAUCAGAGCACUCCUGACAUAUGGUUGUCAAGCCUCUGCUUAAAGACCUCCAAAGAAGGAGACUCCACCACACUCCUUGGCAGCAAAUUCCACUGUCGAACAGCUCUUACUGUCAGGAAGUUCUUCCUAAUGUUUAGGUGGAAUCUUCUUUCUUGUAGUUUGGAUCCAUUGCUCCGUGUCCGCUUCUCUGGAGCAGCAGAAAACAACCUUUCUCCCUCCUCUAUGUGACAUCCUUUUAUAUAUUUGAACAUGGCUAUCAUAUCACCCCUUAACCUCCUCUUCUCCAGGCUAAACAUGCCCAGCUCUCUUAGCCGUUCCUCAUAAGGCAUCGUUUCCAGGCCUUUGACCAUUUUGGUUGCCCUCCUCUGGACACGUUCCAGUUUGUCAGUGUAUGGAAGGGAUGAGCAAUCUGUAACAAUUAUUAUUAUUGAUUCUUCUGGGAUCCCCAUCAAAUAAGGGUGGAAGCUAUGCUAAUUGGGGAAGUUCAGAAUGCUAACAGCAGAGGGUUCUGCAAAGAGUUAAAAUGCGAAUAUAUUGUUAACCUCUAUCUGUGCGCUAUGUGAAAUCCCAGCGUUUGUGUUUCCUGUGGGACAAUAAGGCACAGUGGGAUCUGUGGUGCCUUUAGGAUAUAUGGUUUAUUUACGCAUAUAUACAACCUGAAGCCUAGAUGGAGAGGAAUUCUGAACAUCGCCUCCCAAGUGGGGCUCUGCCCUGUUGGACAUCAUAGAUAAUUUCAGCACAAAAGUUGGUGAGUGGGAAGCAUCCACAAGCAGUGGUUUUGAACAAGCACUGGUCACGUUGUGACUGCUUGGUAGCAGCUUGGUAGCUCUCGUCACAUGAAGAAUUGGUCAUGUGUGGUCUCUGAGCAUGUGAAAAGAUGAGCAUUCCUGUGGCCCUAUUUCCAUCUGUUUCUCAGCAGUAUGGAAGUUGGCUCAUCAUGUAGCUGAAAGUACCAUAUGAGACACAGUUCACCGUCUACCGUGUGGCAUUGGAAGCCACAGAGUUGCAAGUCAACUAUAGACAGAAAAUAUGAAAAGAAAAGAAAAUACGAAACAUAUUGCAUACAAACAUGUUAAAUAGAAAAACAAAAUGUAGUGUGGCAAUAUGAAAAUCUUCCAUCCAGACAAGAUGUGCAAGUACUCUCACACUGUGAUCCGAAACAUGUUUACUCAGAAGUAAGCCCUACUGAAGUCAGUGACGUUUACUUCACAGUAGCUGUGCUUUGAUUUUCUUCUGGCAGGGUGCUUAUUUCUUUAACUAAAGCAUGGCAGGCGGGAAUUCAUCAGGUAAAGCUAACAUUGCAUUUCAUGCUCAAAGUUUCAUUCAUUGAAAUGCUGUUUGUCCUGAAGCUGUCAAAAGCAGAGGAGUCCUGUCCAAAAAAUAUUUUAAAAGGCAAUCCUAGUUAUUAAAGCUUUAUUCCCAUUUUAUAUAAUUUCUGUUUUGAAAAGGCAUAUGGCUCCCUUUCCAUCUAAGAAGGCUGUUGUGAUCAUAAACUGGGCCAAAUAUAUACAGUGACUUUCAGUGAUUCCUCAGGAUAGGUUAGGAAAGCAAUAACACAAACUAGGAACAGCAGGGACUAGCACCUUAAUAACCCACUAUGGAGAAUUAAAUCUACCUGUGAAAAGGACUCUCUCUCUCCUUUCUUUCUUUCUUUGUUUUGUUUAGAGUAGUUAGCUUGUUUUUAUUAUACUGUAUUAUGAAAUGUCUUAAAAUCUUAUUUUAAAAAGAAAGAGAGUGAGAGAAUUAAAUCUGAGUAAGAGCUUUGCUACUAAUAGAGCAGUAGCAAAACAGAGCACAGGUGAAAAGCAAUGUCAUUCUCACCCUCUAUCAGGGAUCCUUAUUUGACAUAUUCCACCUGUCUUCUAUUCCUAACUGAUUGGGGAAAGAAUGCUACUAUUUUCAUUGGUUCUCUUGACCUUACCCUGACAUCAUCACAGUUAUUUAAAAGGGGAACUGUAUGGGUGACUAGUGUGUUCUUUUGGUGGUUUUCCCCUACAGGUAAGAGGGUUAGUAAAAAGGGUUGGGGACUGUGAUAGGUGUGCAUGGUGCAUUGUUUUGGAAGUGUGUCCCAUUUGCUUUCUGUCUGUGUUUGCUGCCAGGCUCUGUAUGGCUGUUGAUCUUUUUGGCUUAUUUCUGGGGGAAGGGAAGGGAAGGAAAUACAAGUAAGCUGAGAGCAGCAGCUUCCGCUCUGCAGAUGCAAAGCAGGAGAGCCGUGCCUUCUUUCCUACUGCUGUAUAGUGGCAGUCUUUUGCAAUGAGAACUUAAAAAGAAAUGUAGGAAAUUAUAAAUGUAUUAAUAAGUGGUUAUGUUGCAACACUUCCUUGUGCUAAUGUGGUCCUUUAUUUAAAAAUAGAUUUUGCUGAGUUAAUUGGAGCUUGGUAAUAAUAUCUUAGUAUGGUCACUUAGCACCCAGAAGUUCCAGGCACGAAGAGCAGUGUACCACAGGGCCUCCCGAUGCACCACCUGUGUGAAUCAGUGUGCCUGUUCCUGCAAGGCACAAAUGAAAGAUGUCAGUAAAAAUCCCCUCAAAAGAUAAUCAGUAUAAAGCUGUUUGUUACUUCUACGUGGUUCCUCUUUGCAUUGGGUUAGUCUCUUUGACAUCAAAUACGUCCUCAUAAACAUGCCCACUUUUCAUUUGGUGCUAGAAUUGGCCGAUACAGAUCAUUUCGUGAUCCUGUCUCUUCUGUUUUAGAUGCAGCAGCCAUUUUGUGUUAUGCCACAACUUUGCAGCAGCCAUUUUGUUCUAUGCCCUAUAGUAGCCAUUUUGUGGUGGGGGGGCAGCAUGGCACGUUCUCAAAGUUCCAGCUGUGCCCAAUGGCCCAAAAAGGUUGGUGACUCCAGGUGUAGACACUAUUGAGAUGGACCAGUGUUCCAAGUUGCACAAACCUAUUCCCAUUUGGGGAAUAAUCCUCUCCACUUAAGAGAGAACUGGGUUGUCAUCUUUUUCAGCAUUGUAGUGAUGGGUUUAGUGAGCUGCUAGCUAUAAACAUUUCUGUUUUAGGAGUUUCACUUAAGUUCUUAAAGAGACAAGAGCCAAAACAGGACAGCCUUCCUAAUUCAAAUGAGUGACUUGUCUUGUUCAGUACUUGUUAGGCCAAUGCAACUCUUCUGUGGCAAAUUAACUGUUGACCUCCUUUUCCAGCUCUUGCUAGUUGCAGUGCCAAGUUAUGUCUUCCAACAGUCAAGGAAAUAUGUCUUCCCAUGACAAGGUGCAAGAGGCAUCUGCACAGGAGGAGGUGAGUUCGGAAAAAUGGGCUGUGAACAAGUCUAUGCAAUGAACAGCCUCCAAAAUGCAUUAUUGCACGUUUUGUACAAAGUGUUUUAAAUGACGGGUGUAGGUUAGUCCUAGCUCAAAUUGGUUUUGCAGGGCUACACAGGUUGUACAUACCAUACUCUGACUAAAUAUUUCCUCCCUGUGUAGAAUGUCUUGAGAAGAGUAGUCAGCAUGCCAUUGGUUAGCUCUGCCUAUGACAUGGCUGCAAACGCCUACAACUCUACCAAGGGCAGCCACCCCUAUGUGAAGUCCGUCUGUGAUGCUGCCGAGAAGGGCAUGAAGACCCUGAAAGAAGUGGCGGUCAGCACUGCUCAGCCUAUCCUGACUAAACUUGAACCCCAGAGUAAGUCAAGGGCAGACUUCUAAGCAAGCUUGUCCAACAGUAGGCGAAAUACUAGGGGCAAAAAUACCUAUUGAUGCAAUGUCCAUGGAGUAACUUCCUGCUUAAUAAGUGGAGGUGGUUUGCAUGUUCAGAUUAUAUCGUGAGAUAUAUUGCAUGCAUGGGUGUCCACAGGAAUUUUUCCAUGGGAGAAAAGGAAAUGCUUUAAAAUAAAAUAAAAUUGAGAACUGGGCUACCAUUUCUAGCAACUGAGUAAUGGUGAAAUUCAGGUAGUCUGUGUCCUUGAUACAUCCUUCUGUGCUACUGGACUGGUAACUCUGUCACUGUGGGACACGUAUGAAUGUGUAGCAUCAUGGAGAGCUCUUAGCUGUGCUUAAAAACUGGUGGCAUUGCCCUGGUUUCUGCGCCCGCCUUCUCUACUUAUCCCAGCUGCAUUCAUGCAGUUCCCCAUCCCUGGGGCAAGGCUUUCAAAUUGCCCUUACAAAUCUAGAAAGGUACUAGAAUAAGAAGACCAGCCUCUUAAAGCUGCAACCCUCUAAAAACUGCAAAAGGUGUGUUUGUAGAUGGGAAAGCUAAAGCUUGUGAAAAUGAAAACUUGGAAAUACAUUGGGUUUUUCAUAUUGGCGUAGUAGAAAGCAAUAAGAUAACAAUUUUCUGUCUUCGUAGUUGCAGCAGCAAAUGAGUAUGCUUCCCGGGGCUUGGAUGCCCUGGAGGAGAAGCUGCCAAUUCUUCAGAUGUCAGCUGAUAAGGUAAGCUGUGGUGCAGCUAGGUUGGGACCUUAGGAGCCAAAGUCCAGGGAGGCAGAGAUAAUGUCAGGCCUGUUUGCCAUGGCCCUUAUUAGCACCUGGGCAUCCUCUCUUAUUUCAAGAACAUUUUCUAGUCAAGUAACAUGUCAGCCCAAGUAUGCACAUGAUUACAUGUGCUUGCUCUUAUUAUUUUCACUUUCAAUAAAUAUUAUCCUUCCGUACAAGAUAAUGGCAUGGUUCUGUUACACUGCCGGCGAGUAUCUGUAUGGAAACAGCGUGUGGUUUCUUGCUGCCUCGCAGGUUGCUUCUGACACCAAGGAGAUGGUGUCGUCCAAAGUGGCAAGCGCUAAGGACGCCAUUGCCGGCAAGCUGUCUGGAGUUGUAGGCAUGACGAAAGAAGCUGUGCAGGAUGGCAUGGAAGCAACCAAGUCUGCUAUUGGCCAGAGUCUGACCACUGUUAUGGAAUCCAGAAUGGGCCAGAUAGCUGUCAGUGGUGCUGAGGCAAUGCUUGGCAGAUCUGAAGACCUGAUAGAUGAAUAUCUCCCCAUAACAGAUGAAGAACUGGGUAUGUAACUUAAAAAUCAAUGACCUCUUUCCCAAAAUAUUUUUAAAGUCAAGGAGAAGCAGAGUUCAAUGCCAGUUAUGUAAAUAUAUUGCCAGAGGUUUUAAAAAGCCAUUCCAAACAGAAAUGUUUUCAUUACCUGCCUAAAAUGCUAGAGAAGGGACUAGUCUUGCCUCCUUUGCAAAGGGGGGUGUUACCACAGAUAAGACCCUGUUUCAUGUUCCCAUCAACCAAACUACUUUAGUUGGUAGGGCAUCUAACAAGGCCUCUGAAGAUCUCAACCUGCAGGCAGGUAUAUACAGAAGGAAACAGUCUUUCGGAUAUCUGUUCAAUGGGUCAGUGUGUCUGGCUGUUCGCCAUAAGGUUGGUGGUUCGAGCCCGCCCAGGGACACACGUAGGAAGGAUUGUUGCAUUGCAGGGGGUUGGACUACAUGACCCUUGGGGGGGGAUCCCUUCCAACUCUACAAUUUUUUGAUUCUAUAAACUGGUAGGAAAUCUGUUUCAGUGUGUAAUUGUAAUGGGAUGAAAUCCCCUUGACUCUUUCAAGCAGCAGGGCAUUGGUGCAACGGCUGGGAAGGAGAGCAGCAGGGUUGCUUUUCAAUCUCUCCUGAUCUGACUUCUGUUUGGACAGGAAACCUCAAAUGUAAAAGCCCGCAAGACAUUGUGAAAUUAUAUGGGGAUUACUGUGUUGUUCAUAUCCUCAUCAUUGGGGCCCAUGUUCUCCCCUCCCCGAAUCUAUAGCUGCAUGCCUUGCACUGAACAAUAGAAACUGUGCUAUGAAAGAUGUAGCUUUCCACUAGGCACCGAAAUACGGUAUUGUAUGCUGGAGCGAUUAGAAAGCAAACUUUGUGCACCAGCCCUUGCCUUCCAAUGUGAAUUUAGCAAGCAAUACCUAGAUUCCCUGCCAUGGUGAAACUUUCCUUCCCUACACAUGAUUCUACUAAAGGAGCAUAAGGCAUCAAGGCUGCCCCCUGCUGAAUCCACUGUGGUCUUCUCUUCCUUAGCUGAGAUUACAGCAGCUGCAAAGGAAGGCAAUGUGGUUCCUGUGCAGCAGUGUGAGCAGCAGGAAUAUCUGGUGCGCUUGGGCUCCCUUUCAAGCAGACUCCGCCAAAGGGCCUACUUGCACGCUGUGGCGAAGAUCAGGCGAGCCAGGCAAAGGAUCCACAAGUCUCUCUCCCAGCUCCAGCAGAUAAUUCACAUGGUAUGAGCUUGGUCUCGCUUUUUGGGAUCCCCCUUUUAAGGCUAUCCUGUGCCUCUGCAAAUCACCCUUUUAAUUAUAGAAAAGCACCUGAGCAAUCAAAUAUUUUAAAGCCGCAAGUUCAGAGUCCACGUUUUCUUUAAAUGGAAUGGAACCAUGAUCUGACUCCCAAGGGGAACCUUGCUUAGUUUAUGGUAUUUGGGGAGGGGGACAUUUGGCCCUCUGGACGUUGUUUAAGCACAACUCCUGUCAUGGCUAUUGGCCAUGACUUGGUGGGGCUGAUGGGAAUUGUAGUUCAACAAGCAUCUGGGAAGCUAGAGGUUUUCCACACCUGCACUAUAUGAACUUAUAUGCAAGGGAUGCAUAGUCCAGGUUAUGUGAUACUGGACCCUUUGGAAGUUUCCCAGAUGCAAAUUUGUGGCAAGCACUUAUAUGGGGCUUAAGGUGUGGGUGUGGGAAACCUGUAGCCCCUCCAAUGGUUUCUUAGACCACACCUCCCAUCAUUCCUGACUAGGCUAAGCUCAUAAUUCAUGGGUUUCCCAUCCCUGAGCUGAGGAAUGCUCCAUUAGCUUUGUGUACGUACACACACACACACACACACACACACACACACACACACACACACACACACACACACACACACACACACACACACACACACACACACACACACACACACACACAUCUCUUUAGAAAUCUCUAAGGGCCCUUGAAGGAAUGAAGCUUACACUGAUGUUUCCAUCUGAUUCCUUUUGAUAUUCUUCUGACUUGGAUAACUUAUCCAGAAAAGAUGGGUGACAAAUCGCAAGGCAGAACAAGGAUGGGGAACCUCUGGCCCUCCAGAUGUUCAGCUCUCUUCAGCCCCAGCCAGCAUGGCCAACAGUCAAGGGCAAGUUGAGAUGUGUUCCAGCAACACCUGGAGAGCCACAGUUUCCCCAUCCAUCAUAGAGGGAGUUCCAUAGAUGGUAUUGCUUCAACCUUGUUCCAACACACUUGGGUAAACCUAUCCUGGGGAUUUGUUUCUAUAAGCAAGGGGGGGGGCAAAAAACCCACAAAUCUCAUGAGCUCUAUUUUUCCUAUUUUGGCUUGGACAAAAAAAAAACAAUAGUAACAUAAUUUGCUUUUUAAAAGUGCCAUGUAGCUUUUUGAAUCAGAGGCCCAAGGAAGCCAUUCCUGACACCACACACACACGGACUUGUCCGGGGGGGGGCAGGGGGACACACUUUACCCAGCUUAUUUGAAUUUGGCCAUGUUGACUCCUUCGUUCCUGUUGAAAGUUAAACUAGUGUGUCUUGUUCCCCUCCAGAUUGAAUACAUGAAACAAGGUGUGGGACAGACCUUUCAUGAGGGUGAAAAGAAGCUUAGCCAGAUGUUGAUCGAAUGGAACAAGGCAAACCCAGAAGCAAAGGAUAACAAAGAUAUGGUGCAGCUAGAGGUAUGUCUUUGCAAUGGUUUUGCCUGUCCCCGUUAGGAAAUACGGCUUGUCAGUAAUGGCUUGCUUGUCUCAACAGGUAGAAAGCCAAACCCUGACAAUGUUUCAGUACCUGAUCCAUCGUCUGCAGACUGUUAGCCAAACCCUGGUGUCCAGCAUCCAAGGAUUCCCUUCUAGCCUGGAGGAUAAGGUGCAGAAAGUCGGCCAAAGCACUGAAGAACUUCAUGCUGCCGCUUCCAUGGUCAGAUCCUUCCAGGACCUCCCCAGCACCCUCCUGGCCCAGAGCCGCCAGACAGUGCAGAAAGCGCAAGAAUACGUGGAUGAGCUGCUGGAAUAUGUCACUCACAACACCCCUCUCUCCUGGCUGGUGGGGCCUUUCGUGCUCUCUGGCAAGCUGCCUGCUGAAGUUUCAGAACCAGCAGAUUAAGGCAAGACCUCUUGCAACAAGCCUGCUAUGCACUCUUUUUGCUCUAGAUGUCAGCACUGUAUUUUGAUAACUUCGUGGCAGGUGAGUCCUGUACAGUGUAGAAGAUGAGCAUCUUUGUGCUGGCUGAACUCUCAGAAUUGUAAAUAUCCAAAACAGUCACUUUAUUUAUUUAAUAUUUCAAAAUGUUGUAGAGCAAAGCUGCUAAUAUUGAAGUGGUGGUAAUUAAAUAAUGGUCAAAACUGGUAUGGAACAAUGCAUGACUUGUAGUUGUCCAAUCCUGUGAAUUGUCUUGCUUUUGGGGGAAAGUGUUUAAAGAAGGCCA